UCCAGAGGUUGGGGAAUUCGUCCAAGGAGACAGAGAGGAAGUUAGUUCCCGAAAGUCCUUCCCUUUAAUAAUAACAGAAGCAGUGUCAUGGAGUCCAGAGGAAUUAUAUGGUUUUGUUCAGCAAUAUUUUUUGCUUUCUGUCUGUGUCAGACAUGUGCUUUCAACACCCCCAAAGAUAGUGAGUUUACGUUUAUUUUACCUGCUGGGAGAACUGAGUGUUUUUUUCAAACUGCAACGAAAAACAGCACAAUGGAAGUAGAAUACCAGGUGAUUGCCGGCGCUGGAAUGGAUGUGGAUUUCACCAUCAAAAGCCCCUACGGAUAUUAUAUAAUAUCAGAUUUUAGAAAAUCAGACGGUGUUCACACGGUGGAGCCCACGGAUGAAGGGGAUUACCAAAUCUGUUUUGACAACACCUUCAGCAAGUUCUCGGAGAAAAUGGUCUUCUUCGAAGUGAUCUUUGAAGGCCCAGCAGGGGAGGAGGUGCAAGAUGACUGGUCCAACAUGGUGGAGCCCGAGAACCUCCUGGAAUACAAGCUAGAGGACAUCAGGGACUCGAUCGAUUCUGUGCACAGGAGGCUGGAACGUAGUAUGCAGAUGCAGACGGUGCUGCGUGCCUUCGAAGCUCGGGACCGCAACCUCCAGGAGGACAACCUGUGGCGGGUUACUUUCUGGUCUUCCGUCAACAUGUUGGUAAUGUUAGUGGUGGCUUUGAUGCAGGUCUACACCCUCAAGAGCCUCUUUGAAGACAAGAGGAAGGUCCGUACGUAACUACCCAAGGACGAGGAGAGGUCUCCACAAUUGCUCACGUGGAUCUCCCCGUCUCACUUGAGGAGAGUGUGGUGGGGAGCUGCUCAUGACCAAAUGGGACGCAUUUGAUCUGUUCUGCUUACAUGGAGGUAUCCUGCAUCUAACUGAGCACAAUCUGUCCACACCAUACUCCCAGACUCUCUGCAUCAACCGAGGUGGUGAUACUGCCACCAAUUUUGCACAUGGCUACACCUGCCUUUCAUUUGCCCCUGCAGAAACUGAUCACAAACUGUCUGCAACAUUUACUUGCUUCCCUAGAUUAUAUAAGGGUGUGAUCUUGGACUGGAUGUGUUCAUAUGCUUAAACUCCCAUUUGUGUCCAGUGGGCAUUUCACUCAGGUGACCCAUUUUCACCCCUGCCUAAAAGUGUGAAGCCUUGGAAUCAAGAAGCUUUUGAUCUUCUCUCUUAUUUUGCUCUUCAGACCCAAAUCCAGACCUCAUCUUUGCAAAGCAUUUUCAGUGUAGCGUGCUCUAGUUUCACCUGAUUGUGCCUGAUGCAACUUCUGUUCCUCUUCAUAGUUGCAAUAUCAUUGCUAAUCUGUCUCAUCUUCAGCAGAUACAGCUUGUAAUCAGAUUGAGAUUCCAGUUGCAAAAACCCACUACAGGAUCCAGUGAGAUCCUUUAUUAAAAUGGUCCCCCACCACUGUCAAACAUCUCUCGUUGCCUUGCCUAACAGCAUGCAUCCGAUUACUACCAACAUUUCACAGGGACUUAAUAAAAUACUACUUUAUAAUGCUCUGGUUUGCAGAAUGCCCAAAGUUUUGGGGCAUAGAUUAUCAUUAUUAUUAUGGGUUAUUAGGGUAUGGUGUCUCCUGUGUCUUUAUGAUUAUAUUCUUAUAAUCUUUCUGAGGUGGGGGUGGCAGGGUUUUAUUUGGAUUUUUUAUUUUAACAAUUAAAAAAGUGCAUUUAUAUUUCAUUCUUACUUUCUACUCCCCGGGGUGAGUCCUGGCAUCACAUUCUUGGGGUUUUGCCUCAUUCGUGUGCUUUGGCGGCUUUGUGCGCAAAUGUUUUUAGUACAUAUUGUACUCGCAGGUACUGUACUUAAAUUCUGUAGCAUACCAGAAGUGAAGUCCUCUCUUCACUGGGAAACUGACUCCCAUUUUAUACUUGGUAGGCAACACAUGUUCAAUAUAUCUCUAAUAUAUUAGAGACCCAAGCAUAAAAUAUCCAGGACUUAGUGCUUGCUGGUAAAGGAGCCUUCAGGUGGAAAAAAUAGUGAUGGAUUACACUUCUUCACAGUGUGAGUCUUAAUGUGUUUUCCAACACAUCAGGUCAGGCUAAGUCAAAGCCCAAUGCUGCAAACACAACUGUCUCUGCUUCACACUUUCUUAUACCACAGGGUAUAAAAAUUUUAUGUUUUAGCCUUUUCUGUGACAAGAGUGUGAAACAUCAUCUACGACUUCACGCACUGAAUAUUUAAGAACUGUAAAAUACUGAUAUACUAUAAUGUUUGGCCAUUUUUCUACCAUUCUUUCAUAAUGGGUGGAGAAAGAAAUUGCUUUAAAUGCAUGAAGUGGGUAUGUUUGAAGUGCUUAACAGUUCAGACUGGGAUUAAUGAAGAUUUUGUUUUAAUCAGAUGUGAACAAGUUGAGCAGUUAUCAAGGUAAUGGGGUCUGUUGUAUGUUAAGGCUGGUGAAGUAGAGACCAAUCCAUCUUAAUAUUUGCAAUGAAGCAUAAUUAUAAAGUUCAGCAGGAAAUGAGAAUGAGCCUUCAUGGCCAUAGGGGUCUUGUUCAACGAAUUUCGAGGCCGACUCUGUAGUUAGCAAAUCUCACUAGUAGACUGUGAUUACACACACUGUGGUUUUCUUUUCUAGGCCUUAUUAGGCCACAAGAAUCUUGUGGUUCUCAAAGCAUUUUGAUGGCUCUGAGCAGUUGUCCACAAAUCAAGUCUAAUGGUAGUCAUGCCAUUAGACUGUGUAGAGCUAUGUCUUGAAGUCAGGCAAUUCCUGCUCACUGUUGGCUGUGUAUUGAUGCAGCCAAGAUAUUAACUGUUAUGAAUGGUCAGGGGUUAAUAAUAACUCAAAGUGAAAACAUUUUCUUGUGAGAUGUUUACACAAGAGCCUAGUUUGAACAUUUCACUGGUCAAUUGUCGAUAUUAAACACUGUGAAAUGAACAGCGAUUUGCAUUACAGAGACGACUUUAAUUAUUGUGUACUCAUGCCCUAUGUGCCGAUUGCUGUUCGGCUUAAUUGCUAUUUAAAAUAUGUCUGUCAAUGAACAUACAUUAAAAUUGCCAAGAAACCACGGCUAAUGAGAAGUAUAAUGCUUUCCUACAAAGAAGAUAUCUACACUAGACAAGUUGUGCCUUUGGACAAAUCUGAAAAUGUAUUUGUUUUAAAUAAACUUCUACUUUUAAAGAAA